GUGGCAUUGACACACACACACACUUCCAGUUGCCCAUCAUGGGCACAGUGACAGCUGAUGAUUUCUACAGUGGCACAAAGGCAGCACUGGCAGGGGGCACCACCAUGAUCAUUGAUUUUGUGGUCCCUGAGAAAGGAGAGUCUCUGCUGGAUGCCUAUGAGAAAUGGAGAGGUUGGGCAGAUGCAAAAGUGUGCUGUGAUUAUGGUCUCCACGUUGCAGUGACUUGGUGGAGCGAUCAGGUGGCCAAGGAAAUGGAAGUCCUCAGUUCUGAAAAGGGAGUGAAUUCUUUUAAAAUAUACAUGGCAUAUAAAGAUGUGCUGAUGCUAGAAGACCCAGAAAUGUACAGCUGUUUUAAACGCUGCAAGGAGCUGAAAGUCCUUCCCAUGGUUCAUGCUGAAAAUGGACAUCUCAUUGACAUUAAAUCUAAAGAAUUAAUUGAACAGGGUGUCACAGGUCCAGAGGGACAUUUACAGAGCCGACCUGAAGCUUGUGAAGUGGAGGCAACCACACGGGCCAUCAUAAUUGCUGAUCAGGCUGGAGCUCCACUUUAUGUUGUCCAUGUCAUGGGAAAAACUGCAGCAGACGUCAUAUCUAAGGCUAGAAGGGAAGGUAAGAUUGUAUUUGGAGAAACCUUAGCUUCAGGUCUAGGCACAGAUGGAACUCAUCACUUCAACAAAUGUUGGCGCCAUGCAGCAGGCCAUGUUAUGUCUCCACCACUCCGUGAUGAUGUUUCCACACCUGGGGUGCUCAUGGACCUUUUGGCCAACAAUGAUCUCCAGCUGACUGGCUCAGAUAACUGCACUUAUAAUGCUGACCAGAAAGCUCUUGGCAAGGAUGACUUCACCAGGAUUCCUAAUGGAGUUAAUGGUGUCGAGGAUAGAAUGUCAGUCAUUUGGGAGAAAGGAGUGUACUCUGGCAAGAUGGAUCCAUGCAGAUUUGUUGCUGUCACUAGCACAACAGCUGCUAAAGUUUUCAACAUUUAUCCCAAAAAGGGGAGAAUAGCCGUAGGUUCUGAUGCUGAUAUCGUCAUCUGGAAUGGUGAAGCUACUCGCACUAUCAGUGCCAAAACCCAUCACCAGGCUGUUGAUUUUAACAUCUUUGAAGGCUUAACGUGUCAUGGAGUGCCUGAAUAUGUCAUCACUGGCGGCAGUAUUGUCUUGGAUGAAGGCCAGCUGAAGGUGACACAAGCCCAUGGCAAAUUUGUUCCCACUGCACCCAACUCGCAGUAUGUUUUUGGUCGCAUAGGAACCAGAGAUAAG